AUGUCCACGACUGACGCUCGAAAACUUCUCGCUGCCUCCCGAAAAUCUCGUCGGAUAACCUCUCCAUACGCAUCCUACUCCCUUGCCGGCGCCCUCUUCUGCAAUAUCUGCUCCAAUACUCCCAUAAAAUCCGAAUCUCUUUGGGAUGCUCACAUCGCCUCUUCACAACAUAAAUCCAAUGUUGCAAUAAGAGGUGGUACCGUAUCCACUGGGAAAACAAAUAGCCAUAAACGACCUGCCGAAAGUCCAGCAAUAGAUAAUGAUUCAAGGAAUAGGAGGAGUGGUGAUGAUGGACAAACUGCUUCGAAACGACUGAAGACUGCAAAGGCCGAUGUAAAAAAUCUAGCGUUGCCAGUUGGCUUCUUCGAUGAGGAUGAAGAUGAAGAUGAGGAAGGUAUCAUCAGUACGGGGGAAGUAAUCGAGCCGGACGAUGAAAACUCUCCUCCGCCUCCUCCACCAGUACAAAAUACAAAUCAGCAACAACCAACAACCGCCUUACCAUCUUCCUCAACGAAGCUCCCAGCAGACUUCUUCUCUACAACCUCUACAUCGAAAACCAAAGGAACAGAAGGAAGUCUCGACGAUGAAUGGGCAGCUUUUCAAGCCGACAUUGCAGAAGCUGAAGAGGAAAUUGCGCUGCCAAACGUCACUGCCACUGCAAACCACACAAUCUCAGCACCAGCCCUCACAACAGCUCAACUCCAACAAGAAGAUGAAGAGUCUGCAUCCUCGCUAGACGCCCGUAAUGCCCGUACAAUAGCUGAAGAAGAAAUGGAAGACGCUCGCGCUGCGUUGGCAGACUUCUUUGACGAGCAAAGUUCCCUUGAAGAACGCGUAGCGAGGUUAAAAGAACGAAGAGAAAUGCUACGACAAGUUAGCACUACAGCCCCUACCGGCAUGCCACCGCCUCCCACACAGGGUCUCCAUCGCUCUAACAGCGUAAGAAGCGUAACCAUGGGAGGAAUGGACGACUAUUCAAAUCCAGUUCCUGAGCUUCAAAGCGAAGGAUCAGAUGACGAUUACGAAGAUGAUGAUGAAAUGUUUUUGAGGCGCCGGUAG